AUGGCAGGGAUAUGGUUUUUUUACAGCAUCGCAAUGGCUUCAUUGAUUAGCAAAAAAAGCCACAUAUCUGAUGCGGUUAAUAACGCGGACUCGUACCGAGUUUUAAGGGGCCGUGUGAGUGUUUUGAAGAAUACUCCGGAUGCACGGUUGAUGCCAUACUUAGAGCUAGCCGGAUUUGGGUCCGUAGCACAGAUCCAGUACACCGUAUUGCGCUUUCAUUUAAUAUUUGCGCUAGUGGAGCGGUGGCGCCCGGAGACCCACACUUUUCAUUUUCCGUGCGGGGAGUGCACGGUGACCUUGGAAGAUGUAGCGUUGCAGCUUGGGCUCCCAAUUGACGGGAGUCCCGUAACGGGAAUAUCUACAUUUACCGAUCCGGAUGCACUUUGCUAUCAGCUUCUAGGAGACUCACCAGGGGACGGUGAGUCAUAUUUUUCGGGCCUAUCAUUUACAUGGCUGAAAGCCAAGUAUGGACAAUUAUCAGCGACAGCCACUGAAGGCGAGUUGAUGUGCGCUGCUCGAGCGUACAUCAUGCAUAUCAUAGGGGGAGAACUGAUACCUGAUGCAAGCAACGACAAGGUGCAUUUGAUGUACUUGCCCCUGUUAGCUGACUUGUCCAGUGUUAGCUCCUAUAGCUGGGGCUCAGCUGUGCUAGCAGUCUUGUAUCGAGAGCUUUGUCGGGCGACAGAUCCGAAAGUUCGCUACAUUGGCGGAUGCCUCUCACUGCUGCAGUCCUAG